UUAAUUAAUUUUACAGUUUCAACCUUUGAGAAUCACCGGCAGUUUAUACGGAGUCAACGGGGAGCACCACUGCUAACGUUGGAGAACUUUAUCUACCGGUGCGAACGCGUCCGGAAGACCCGCUCGUACUGGCUGUGCAUCCGGUACAAAAGCUCCAAGUGCAACGGUCGCGUAAUCUGCCAGGGAAACACCGUCAUCAAGCGGACUUCGCACUGCCAUCCGGACGACCAGCGGCGGAUAUCUUCGUCCAUUAUCGAGCAAACCAACCUGGCGGCCAUCAAUCUCAACGACUGGUACAAGCUAACCCUGGUACAGAACAAGCAACAGGGACUCUACUACAAAAUUGAGUUGGAACUAACCGCAACUUCUUCAUUCUUCCCAGGCCACAUCAAGACGACCAUCAGCACGACCAUUCCGUUGAGCCCGUCGCAUCAGAACGUGUUCUAUCGCGGCGAUCUGGGCGACCAGCUGAACCCGGACGCCGUCCAGUACAUCCGAAGUCGGCGGGGUCAUCCGCUGCUCGUGUACCGGGGGUACAAGUUCCGGCGAAACGGUGGCUGCAAGGACAAGGGCUACUGGCGGUGUGCCUCCUUUUCCAAGUGUCCCGGCCGGGUCACUACCGUCAAGUUUCUGCUGCGGGUCAAAAACUUCGAUGAUCUGUUGCGACCCAUUACGCCGGAAAACUUCAACGAAAUAACGUACACCCGAAGUCAGCGGGGCCACCCAUUCCUCAUCUACCGGGGCUAUCGAUACCGGCGCAACGGAGGCAUCAAAAAUCGCAUUUACUGGCGCUGUGCGACCGAGGCCAAGUGCCCCGGUCGGCUCACGAUCGUGGCGGGUGCGAUCGUCAAGUCGACCGGACACAAUCACGGCCCACCCCCGGAACGGUUUCCUGGUUUGGACUUUAUCUUCAGUCAACGUGGGCAUCCGCUGCUGGUCGUGGACAGCUAUCUGUACCGGAAAAAUCGCAGCAACUACUGGCGCUGCAUUCGCUGCACAAAGUUCAAGUGCCGCAGCCGGUUGAUCGUGAAGCCGGGGUCGGAGCCGAUCAAAAUCGAGGAGCACUCGCACGGGCCGGAAACGGAGAAGAUCAGCUGGGGCCGAACGGUGAUGGAGAACGUGCGGGCCCAGACCGCUGGCCAGAAGGACAUGGUGUUCCGGAUGCGGCAGCCCCACUGCAAGGUGGACUAUGUGAAGCGGCAAAAGAAAUGAGGCGUGCAAUAAACGAGUGUUGAAAGCGGA